CUCCCCCAUUUACUGCAGCGCAUAUAUCCUACUCUCUCACUGCUCUUCACUCCCCAAACACGGCAAUAUGGGAGAAGAAACCGGCGCCUGCAAUCUCCCCCCUGGCUUCUGCUUCUUCCCCUCCGACGAAGAGCUCUUGCACCACUUCCUCCGACCGAAGGCCUCCCUGCUCCCCUGCCAUCCCGACAUCAUCCCCACUCUCAAUCUCCGCCACUUCGAUCCCUGGGACCUUCAUUGCAAGGCUUUUAAGGGAGGCAACCACUGGUACUUCUUCAGUCACAGAACAGAGAACAGAGCAACACCUAAUGGCUACUGGAAGCACAUGGGCGUUGAUGAGACUGUAAAGGAUGUGGGGGUGAAGAAAACUCUGGUUUUUCACAUCGGCGGUGAAGCCGAGGGGAUUAAGACUGACUGGAUCAUGCAAGAAUACUGCUUGCUGGAUAAUGAAACGAGCUCGACCAGCGGCAUUAAUGGCAGAAGGCCUUCCAGAAAGAAAGGGCAGGCGAAGGCUGCUAACAGGUGGGUGGUGUGCCGAGUGUAUGAAGCAGGCUACAGUGUUCAGACAAGCAGGCAAGAAGAUGGAAUGGAGCUCUCUUGUCUGGAUGAGAUUUUCAUGUCCUUUGAUGAUUAUGAUGAAGUGAGUUUGCCAAAAUUGGUGGAAAAAUAGAAUUUUGUGUCUCUUCCUAGUUUCUAAUCUUGUACUUGUACAUCUUACACUGCUUUCAUAAGUUGUGUAAAUGUGUUGUCUUCUUUCUAACUUAAAUGCAAUGCACUCCAUGCUUUU